AUGCUGGGACUGAUUCUUGACGAGGUGAACAAGCGCAUAAGCUUCCUAGGUAUUCCGGACAGCGUGCUACAGUUCCUUAUAGCACUGUUUGCUAGUGUCGCAUUCACAAAUUCCUUCCUGCGGAUGUUGUUUAAAGAGCUGAUUAAUAAGUAUUCAUGGACAUCACUACAGCCAGAAACGCUCUUAAUGGUCAUGCUUCCUCCACUUUUGUUUGAGUCUUCGUUCAAAAUCAAUCCGCAUUUAUUCUUCGCCAAAAUCUAUCUCAUUGUAAGCCUGACAGUAGUUGCCUACUACGUUCACGCUAUUUCAUCGCCGUUGCUGUGGUUGCGAUUUUGGAGCAGUACGGUGCUCCUCAUCGGCUACGAAUUCUCAUUCGAAGGCGAAUCCCUUCUGAAUGAUGGUCUCGCAUUGUUCACUUACAGAAUACUGGAAAGCGCGCUAGAGGUUGAGCUGGGAAUUUCUAAACAAGUUCGAUGUACCGCAGCUAUUUUCGUGGUGGUCAUGAGCGUCGUUGGUUCGCCAGUGAUCGGCACCAUCGGGGCAAGAGUGGUGGCCUGGAUCAUUGCGAAAUUACAAGAGAAUAAAAAGCGACAGUACUCGGGCCUGCUCUCUUCGCAGCCGAUUCCUCCUCGGUCGGAAUUCACUAUUUUGGCAUACGCAGGACUUCGUGGAGCGCUUGGUCUCAUAUUGGCCAUGGAGCUGCGCAAUAAGGUACGAGAAGGGUAUGACUACAUGACAAGGAUUGUCGAUGGGUGUGUGACAUGUGGCCAGGCCGCAAGAAGCUGCACAUACUCUAAGCCAUGA